AUGGCGGCCCAGGGAUACAAGUACGAAGCCGCGGGCCUGAUGUCCACAAUCCGCCCCGUUUCACUGCAGACGAAAACAAACCACACCGCGCACCUCUGGCAGGAGUUCCACGAAGGCCAAAUCCGCAAAACCCACGUCUUCACCCGCCUCAACGUCCAGCUCACCACCCGAGACGUCUGCGCCAACUCCAACAACGAAACCGGCGAAGACCCGCAAGCAACGCUCUGCUCCAGCGGCGCCAACGAGGGCUCCACUGGCGUCUACGACUCCUUCGACAUGUUCCAGGACGAGGACUCGUACGAGGUCGUCGACUACGGCAUGGGCGACAGCAAGUAUGCGGAUGAUGUGGCGCGGUAUGGCGGAGAUUUGAUGGAUCUUGGGGGGACGUCUGGGCUGUGUGUUUAUCCUAGUGUGAAUAAUCGGACGGCGUUGACGAUUUUGUCCGCAAUUGAGAUGGGGGGCCGGCCGAGUCAGACUUAUGCGAAUUGUCCUAGUUUGUCGUGA